CUGUUUUCAUCUCAAUUCCGGGAGAGCUUGGCCAUCAACUUCGGUUAAAAGGCUUGAAAAAACAGGCCGCCCUUGACUGUAGAUCCCUUGUGAUCUACCGGCCUCCUCCAGUUUCCGUUCUAUCUACUGUUAGCCCGUACGUUACUGCGCUUGGUAGUCAUUUUGUACGUAGAGGAAGAAUUUUCAAAGCCGUUGCUAUUUCUAUGGUUUCCAGUCUUUCAUUUGUUGUCGACCUCAGCUUCAAGGCCGUUCUUGUGGUGAUCAUCAUUCUCCUGGCAGGACUAGCACGCGGUCUUCAGAGAACCUGCCAGCUUGUCCGCGUCUCGACCGCCGCGGUGCGCACCUUUAUCACCACCGGCUGGUCUUCCCUUUAUUCCCUUUGGCAGUUACUUAUUUCGUCUUAUUUUUUCGCUGUAAAGUACCAGCAGUUCAAUAUGGGAGAUAGGCAGCUCUCUGAACUUUUGGUACUUUUGCAGGCUAAUUGGCGUGUGUUUGGGCAGUUUUUUGUCAUUAUGGUUUCUCUUUUUUCAUCUAUACCCUAUUUUUAUGAUGAUGAUCAGCAGAGAGAGCAGAUUUGCAGAUCGUGCAGUGCGAGCAUGAACAGAUGAUUUCAGACAGCGAGACGUUUGAAAUACACGACAGAGAGCUAGAGCAAGAG